AUGUCGAGCUUUUGCUGUGCGCAUUGUCAUUGGUGUGUUUUGCAUCCACAGCUGGACGUCAAGUGCAAACCCACAUUCCGCCAGGUCGCCUCUUCGAUCUACCGCGACAGGAAUCGUUGUCAGCUAACCGUGAAACAUCAUUGGGUGCUUCGACGUCAGCAGGAAAAUCGGUGUCAGGCAUGUGGCAAGGACACUGUGUACAUGCAGUGCUCGUGGUGUCGACUCUGCUACCACCACAAGCCCGACUGCUUCAAGUCCGCUCUGCUCUCCGGAAACUGCCUCCUCGGGCAGCACGCCAAGCUCAUUAUCCCGCCAACUUGGAUCCUGAAGAUCUCCAAUCAGGAGAUGGACUGUACAUCGGUUCGACGCAGUCCGUCGAAUCCUGCCUUCACUCUGAGCCCCUCCUCCCUGAAGCCCUCGGCUUCCGUGGAAGCUCUUGGGAAGACUGGGACGCGGAAGUCAGCGGACGACCUCGUAGUGGCCUCCAGCGCUUCCACGACCAGACUCUCUCUGCCUUCCACCACGCCACCCGCAACCUCGCCUCGUCCAGUUUCCAGCGCGACAUGCGAGUUCCCCUUUGUCGUAAAGCCCUCGUGCAGGUCUGCUGUGUGUCCGUUGAUCGUCUUCAUCAAUCCCAAGGCCGGAGGCAACCAGGGCGUGCGACUCAUCAAGAAGUUCCAGGGGUUACUCAACCCACGACAGGUCUUCGUCCUCUCUGAUUACGGGCCGAAACUUGGCAGCACUGAGGGCAACUCUCUGUUUGAGGUCAAUUUGCUGACUAAUCAGAACCUAGCUAAUUUUAAUUUUCACAUCCCCACGCCAAGCCUGGAGUUGUUUGGACGUCUCCCGAAUGCCCGAAUUUUGGUUUGCGGUGGCGACGGCACCGUUGGCUGGAUCCUCUCCGAAAUCGACUCCCUCGGUCUCUACCCCACCCCACCGGUCGCUGUCUUGCCCCUCGGCACCGGAAACGACCUUGCCAGGACCCUCCAGUGGGGACCUGGGUACACGGAAGAGCCGCUGUCGAAGAUCCUGACGUCGGUUGAAGAAGGACGCGUGGUUCUGCUCGACCGGUGGAACAUCACGAGUCGUCCACUGACCCCAAACAGCCAAGACUGUGACGAAGAGACGGAGGCCUUCUCGUCAGGGACCCAAAUGGAGGAGAGGUUGCCGUUGAACGUCAUGAAUAACUACUUUUCCCUUGGAGCCGAUGCCGCAACAGCCCUAGAAUUCCACGAGUCUCGAAAGGCCAAUCCAGACCGUUUCAAUAGUCGAUUAAAGAACAAAAUAUUCUAUGCUGGGGUCGGAGGGAAGGAUUUGAUCAAGCGUUCGUGGAAAGAUCUCUCCGACUACGUGACCUUGAUAUGUGAUGGAGUUAACUUGACGAGUCGACUGACCGAACUCCGGCCUCAUGUGCUGCUCUUUUUAAACAUUCCGAAAUACAGCGCGGGGACCGUGCCGUGGGGCCACUCUUCAGAUCCCGAAAGCCAACAGCGAAUAGAUGAUAAGAAAAUUGAAGUAAUCGGUCUGACGACCGCCUCAUUGGCAACCCUGCAAAUGGGCGGUCACGGUGACAGGAUCUGCCAGUGCUCCGAGGUCCAGCUGACCACACGCAAGGUCAUUCCAAUGCAGGUCGACGGCGAGCCGUGCCGACUGGGGCCCUCCAUCAUCACCAUCAAAUUGCGUAAUCAGGCCUUCGUUGUGCAGAAGUCGCGACGAAUCGAUGGCUCCUCACCAGCUCAUUUCAGUGCAGCCAAUACAAGCGGCCGAUUGGUCAAGAUCUACAUCAUUUACCCCGACCAAUCAGGCACUCCGGAAACGCUUGACCAUUUGUGCCAAUCAGCCCAACACUUUGUUAGUCUACGAAUUGGGCCCUACUCAGACCUCAGUGCUGUCCGCCGCCAGAUCAAGCACUUUUCGAACUCACCCAAUUGUAGCGCGUCCACAGUCCUCCCAAAACAAUGGAUAUUCCUCGACAUGACAGCAAUCAAUGGGUUCGUUUUCGGCAUCGAUCCCAACCUGGAGUCGGCGCAUUUCAUCACCGACAUCCUCUCCAAUGACAAUGAACUGUUUCUGCUUAGGCAAGACGACCAAAAG